AUGCCUUCUAGAGGUGAUCGAUACAUCCCCGAAGCUGCUCCGGAUCUUCCUCAGAGAUACACAGUCGACUCUGUUCUUAAUAGCGAUGGUGCAGAGACUGUUUUUCUGCUUCACGAUACCCAUCUGGCCAUGAAGCUUCUCGGGAAGCAGGUCGCAUACUACGCCGCCUCUGCUGCAGACCACUCAGAGGUUAUCGGACAGACGUUUAUUUUAAAGCAUAUAGAACACCCAACUCUUAUGAAGGUUUAUGACAUUUUCUACGCUCCCUACAAGUCGACCUUCACCCUAGUGACGGAGUAUCUACCAAGGAGCCUCUACUCAGUAGUCGAAGACGGGUACUGCAAUGGUAAAAGACUCAGCGAGGCGGCCAUAUGGGACUAUAUCGCGCAAAUAACCGAUGCGUUGAUCUAUCUGCACAGCCCCUGGAAUAAGAGCUAUAAGGACUCGCAAGGAGAAAUUGUCCAAAUUGGGCGAAUCGUGCACAGACGGCUCACCCCUAGGAACAUCUUGUUCAAUAACGUCAAUCAGCUCAAAAUCUCCAAUUUUAGCAUUCCUACAGCCGUUGAUGUAAUGUUUUCUUCUUUCCCAUUGUUCGACCUUGCAUUUAUGGCCCCCGAGGUGCUAUCAGGCGAGGAGGCUUACUCCUUGAAGUCUGACAUAUGGUCCUUCGGGUGUGUGAUUUACUACAUGUGCACUGGACAGCCGUGCUUCUGGGGCAGGACGCCCAGCGAGCUUGCCGACAAUGUUGCAAGCGGUAAGUAUGUCUCUUUGAGAGACGCCGGGGCGAACUACUCUGAUUCUCUUCAGUCUCUGAUAUCUAGAUUUCUUCAGCUUGAUAUGGCCCAUCGUCCUACGUCUAACGAGCUUAUGGAGCACCCCUUUAUUAUCAGAGCAAUGCGCAACCUUGGUCUCGUCUCCCACAGUUCAAGCCCAAAGUAUGUGCCUCCCCAGCUUGAGCAGCCACCAAUUGCAGUCAAUGCAGAACUGUCUAAGAACUUAAUCAACCUUGUCAAUCCUUCUGCAAACGGCGUUAGUUUCGAACAAGUGGAGUUCAGUCACAAGACACCCACCACGGCGAUCAAAAGCGCAUUGUCCACUGUUCCACUGCUAUCCUCCUUGAACAACUCUGGGAUUCAUGGCGUAAACGAUCCCGAGCACGUCGGUAUGGACAAGAAAUCUAGCAAGGGAUCAAUACCUUCUCCGACGACCUCUACGCAGUCUCUCACCGGGCAGCCGUCACUCGAUGGUGACGUUUUUUGUCAGCAGAUGCAGUACGAUCAGCAAAGUAGCGACUUUAGGCUUCCACCCAAUGCAGGUACGUUUAAGCAGGCCAUGAACCGUUCCAGCAAUCUUUCUCUUCACCCCGAUUCUCACCAAUCUUACUCACGGGAUAAUCAGGUCUUUCCGCAGAUCCCAGGCAGCGAGUUGCACCAUCGUUCCAAUCUUAGAGACGUUCCUGAACAAAACGAAGAGGAUGGAUACUCUAGCAACCCUGUGCCAGACAAUCCUGUCUUUGGAGACGGCUAUGAGCUAACUUCAUCUAUAUCACUGCAGGAUGCCUAUCCAAAUGCUGUAUCAGAACCCCGUCCAGGGAGUGCCUCUACUAAGAACGAGCCCGUUGUGACGGCGACUGACCAUGGCUCGCUUUUCACUCGCGAGUCGUUGAAGGGUAGAUCAAUGAGGGCGGACUCUCUGGGAGGGCUUCAUGGUGCACACGACGGAGUCUAUCGCUCAAACACUUACUGCUAUGAUGACGGUGAGCUGGUAGGUGCAGAUAACAUUAACUUCAGCAAGAUGCAGCCCAUCUCUGACUCCGACCAUGACGAUAGUGGACAUCUCCAUACACCUCGAAAUAAUGACAUCAAUAUGUCUAUAACGCCGCGUGUGGAUCAAACAGACUUCUAUGGGGAGGUUUUCCACGAUGGAGAAGACUACGAUAACGGCUCUCCGGCCAAUCUUGCUCCGCCAUCGGCCCAGCAGGGUCCCCAUCCUGCAAUUCACUCUAGCUACAAUGGUUCACGGGUGGAUACUAGCGAGAGUAUCAAGGAGGCCAUUGCAAAGGCAAAAAACGAAAUUUCUAUCGACCAGGCGCGGGUCAGAGAUGCCGACAUACCGCAAACCGGUGACGAUUACAGCAUAGUCCCCGUGGACCCAAAGGUGAACCCCUCAAGUGGCACUAAAUCGGUCCGCAUAGACCCUGCUUUUAACACAGACUCUGUUCGCGUCGGGCAAGAUGCAUCAGUAAGGAGUCAAGUCAAUGAUGCGUGGCAAUCCAAUGACGCUAUCCGUGACCCAGUGGCUAACGAAACCAUAAGCAGCAUCGCAGUAAUGCGCUCUAGUCGCAUAAAGCCCACUGUUAAUUCGUUCCAGACGCGCAUGGAAGACGCUGUUGCAAUGCGGAGAGCGUAUUCAACCAUGAGCGAGACCGAGAAAAGCAUGAUGAGCUUUGCGGGUGCCUCAAUCAGAGAGCCUACAACCAUGUCCAUGCGAGCACGGAAUAUCAUGUCUCAAAACAUCUAUCAAGAUAAUUCUUUCAAUAACCCUGAGGGUGAGUAUUACACUAUGGGAACGGGGCCGGCACACGACGGAGCCUCGAGGACGCUUCACGAGGCGCGAUCUCAAGUGGAGCAGAAUGACCAGUUUGUUCAUACGAAGGCCAGUGGCCACGAGCUGCUUGGGGACAAUUCGUAUGUGACACCGGCCGAAUCCGAAACAGACAGGUGGUGCGGGACAACUAUUAACGGGUUUCAUCCUACAAUGUCUUUCCGGUUAAACAUUCAGGAAGACUCUAACUUCCAGGGACGAACCCCUCUCAUGGAGGCGGUGAUUAGUGGAUCCGUUGAUAUGGUUAAUCAGAGGCUCACGUGGGCUGGUGCACAGGACAACCUUGGGCUUACAGCACUCAUGUUGGCUGUUAUCAAUAAGAAUGUUGAGAUGGUCCACAUACUAUUGCCCUACGAAAAGCAGAUGCAGGACAAGGCAGGAUGGACGGCCCUCAUGUGGGCAUCGCACUACAACCUUGUAUUUCUCAUCGAGACCCUAUUCGUGGAGGUCACGAUGCGUGACAUUUACGGACGCACGGCUUUAAUGAUCGCAGCCCAAAAUGGAUAUGUAGGGGUUGUAGAGAGCCUCUAUCAAUCUGAAGCAUGCACCCAAAGAAAGGACGGGUACACUGCCCUGAUGCAUGCUGCAAGCUGCGGCGUUGUCGAGGUUUGCUACACACAUACUGACCGCGAGCUCGGAACGCCGUAUCACUCUUCUGCUGGUAGUAACGUAACAGCUGCUCAGAAAACAAUUGAGCUAAUGCUGCUGACCAAACGUGGAACAAGGCAAGAUUAUAUUAACAUUAUAGAGCUUCUCCACAAGAAUGAGUCGGGACUCACCAGCAACAAGCUUUGCUCAUACGGCGCUGGGCUCACGGCUCUGAUGAUAGCAGCCAACUUUAAUUUUGCUCCCGCUUGUUCUAUUCUUUAUGAGAGCGAGAGCACCUUUUACCAAUCUGAUGGAAAGCGCGCGGAGGACUAUGCAACAGAGAGUAAUGCCAACGAUGCACAAGCUGCUCUUGAGGGGAAGACGCAUUAUCAGCACGUUAACUUUGUUGAUGCUGAAGCAGAUUUGGGGUCCGUUGAGGUCCAGGGUGCAAAACCUAGGCGUCAAUCGGCAAAGAAGAAUCGCAUGAAUGCACAUAGCUAG